CAACAAAAUUAAUCAUUAUUUGGAGAAAAAAGAAUUAUAUAAAUUUAUGUAAUCGUAGUAAUUUUCGAACAUUAUGGUACAGCGAAGCACGAAGUUUACCGGCAUUUGCAUUGCCAUUUAUUUGGUAUAUGCGCUAUUCGUUUUCUUUAUAUUACCGAUGCUAUUGCCCGACCCGGUUACCAUGUCGCGCAAUUUACUCGCCCAGCAGACCCGCCACUUGGGUAAUCUGACGAACAUAACCCUGGAGACCGGUGGCCAGCCGAAGCGUUCGAUAUUGGUCACGUUUCGUGGCUCGGGAGCAAUCGGUUUGCUGGAAUAUUUAUCCCGGCAGCCGGGCUGCUAUCAUCACUUCUCGCCCCUAAUCGCUUACAAGCAUCGGAUCACAGAUCUGGCCAAGAUUGAUCAUGCAUUGGAUGAGCUGACUUCGCUCUUCAACUGUGACUACAAUAACUCUUUGGCCAUGCUGAACUGCGGCAUGAAGACACCUACGUUUCGUACCUUUUAUGGGGUGCAGUGGAAGACGUGCUUAACCUAUACGACGGAGGUGUGCUCCAAGCCGGAAACCUUGUCGCAAAUUUGCAAGCUAUUUCCGUUCCUUAACAUGUCUGUGUAUAACUUGGGCCUCAAGUAUUUAAUGGCCCUGUUGGCACGCAAAGAUCUAAAUGUCCGUAUACUUCUACUGGUCCGGGAUCCGCGUGGCACAAUGGCCUCCCGCUUGAAUCGGCUUUGGUGCAGCAAUCCGGAGUGCUUCCGGCCGGAUGAUCUGUGCUCAAAUAUGGCCGUUGAUUAUGACAUCGCUGAGAACUUAUUGAAAGAACAUCCGCAACGUUUUGGAAUCGUGCGCUAUGAGGAAUUAGCGCUCAAUUCAACGAUUGGGUUGAAAUCGAUCUUUGAUUUCUAUGGCCUGCCAACCGAAUCUGAAAAUGAUGUACAGAAAUCGAAAAAGGAUGGUACUGAAGCGAAUGAAACUACUAAUAUGUAUUUCGAGAAGCCUAUGCAAUGGCAAAAUAUAUUGUCGAUCAAGGAAAUCACGAAAAUCCAAGAGACUUGCAAAAGGGCCAUGAAACUAUGGGGCUAUUAUCCCAUUUCAGAUAUUGAAAAAGAACAGAAGACUUCCUUUAAGCCGUUGAAAAACUUGCCAUUGUUUUUGAAGUGAAUAUGCAGUUCUUAUAACAAAAAUUUCAAGUAUUGUGUAUAAUUUUGUAAAUUUGUAAAUUCAUCGAUAACAAAUGUAAUGCCGCCAGCGAUAACGGCCAAACAGCUUG